ACCCCUCCUUUUUUAUCACCUCCAUUCUUCCAUGAGCUAACCUUCUCCAUCCUUGGAUAACCCCUGAAGACCUGUGAUUUCUUCCUUUCUAAAGAUUUUAGAUUAUUAUUAUUUUUUUUUUGGUUCUCCAGGAAAGAAGGAAAUGCUGAGAAAGAGGGGCAGAACGGCGCCGGAGGAAGGCAGGGUAGAGCUUUUGGGAGAUUUAAGUUCAAGUUGUUGUUUCGCUGCGGAUACUUCGAUAAAGCAGAAGCAACGGAGCUCUUCCUUCUUCAGUAUCCCCGGUCUCUUGGUGAGCUUCACAGGCAAAAGCUUAGCUGAAUCUGAUUCAAUGAAAAGCCCUACUUCUCCUUUGGAUUACAAGCUCUUCUCCAACCUUGCAAGUUCUUUGAUUCGAUCUCCAAAAUCACCUGGAAGAAGCUGGGAUUGCAGUAGAGUUGGCCUCGGUUUGGUGGAUUCUCUGAAGGACGAGAACAAGAACAUUCUCCUUGGAUCCCAGAUGAGGAUAAUCAAAACUGGAAACUCUAAAGAUCGUUUCAAUUCCUUUGGGGAAGAACAGACAGAGACAAAAAAUUCCACCUUCUCGCAAUUAUGUUCAUCAAAAUCGAAACUUGAGGAGAUCGGAAAGGUUAAUUCGUGCUCAUCUGAUCCUAUGCACAAAACCCUAAAACCCGAUUUUGAUGUUUCAUCCUUGGAAUUAAUUCAUAGCUUCAUGGAUUCUCUUGCUGACUGUGAGGAUUACACUUGCAUCAUAUCCCAUGGCCCGAAUCCAAAGACCACUCACAUUUUUGGUGAUUGCAUCCUGGAGAGCUCCAUGAUUGAGUCUCAGAAUUCUAAAGAAAAUGAAGGAGGAUUUGAAUGUAUCGUCAAGGGCUUGUCUUCUUUGCCCCUCACUUAUUUUCUGAGCUUCUGCUGCUACUGCAAUAAGAAAUUAGAAGAAAACAGAGACAUUUACAUGUACAGAGGUGAGAAGGCAUUCUGCAGCUGCAACUGCCGUGAUCAAGCAAUACUGAUCGAUGAGGAAUCAAAGCCGGACAAACAUGCUUCUGAUUCUCCAAGCUCUGCAGUCUUCCAUCAAGAGCUUUUCAUGGAAGGACUGGAAGUUACAAGCUGAGUAAAGAUUAGAGACCUGCCUCGCCAUCAAUACUGUUACUGAUUAGUGAAUUGAAAUGGCAGACAGCUUGAUCAUUUGUCCAAGAGGAGUUGUCAUAUGUGAAUUCCCUGCAACCAUGGACGAUUGAUUUCCUCGUGAAGUAGUUUGAUUUGCCAAGAUGGUUAUGAUCAGAUUUGUAGGUGAUGGUGGGUACUGUAUUUCAUUUUGAGUUUUUUUAUUAUUUUAUAUUAAGAGUCUUCUUCUAUGGAUAAAACUUACAUUUUUCUCUUAUAAUUUUGAUCAAGAGAGAGAGGGAGAGAGCAUGUGUCUGAGAGAGAGAGAGAGAGCCACCGAGUGGCUGGCCCAUUUUUCCAUCUUACUCAUUGUGGACUUGUCAAAGUUUAUUAAUUAAAGUGAGAAAUUCGAAUAA